AUGACCCCCCACGACAGCCCACCCAACGAGAAAUUAGAAGUGGCCCACGAUGAAUUCAGCGAAGAGGGGAAACUCUCUCCGCCGCCACUACAUCACAGCCAUGGCAAGACGAAAGAGGAGAUCGAGCGCAUCGACGCUAUGGCUCUAGCGCCGGGGACCACAAUGGCAUCGUUUAGCCAUCUGGAUGAGAAGAAGAUACUUCGAAAGAUGGAUUUACGGCUCAUUCCGGUGCUGGCUUUGCUGUAUCUCCUUUGCUUCUUAGAUCGGGGAAACAUUGGCAACGCAAAGAUCGAAGGUCUUCAAGAGGAUCUCGGCCUUGAAUCCUACCAGUACAACUGGUGUCUGACGGCCUUUUUCUUCACCUACGCCUUCUUCGAGGUGCCCUCGAACCUCCUCCUCAAAAAGCUGCGCCCAUCUCGGUGGCUCCCCACCAUCAUGGUGGCUUGGGGCACCGUCAUGACGCUCAUGGGGAUCGUCCAGAACUACCAAGGCCUAUUGGUCGCGAGGCUGUUUCUCGGCGUUGCCGAGGCGGGUUUAUACCCUGGUGUUGCUUACUACUUGACCAUGUGGUACUGCCGCCAUGAAAUCCAAUUCCGCCAAGCCAUGUUCUUUUCCGCCGCCUCCGUUGCCGGUGCUUUCUCUGGCCUCCUCGCCUUCGGCAUCAGCAAGAUGGACGGCGUUGGCAACCUGGCAGGAUGGAGGUGGAUCUUCAUCCUCGAGGGCAUCGUCACUGUCCUGAUAGCGUUCGCCUCCUUCUGGCUCCUGCACGAUUUCCCCGAGACCGCCAAGUUCCUUACAGAGGAGGAGAGGGCGUUUGUGGUAUUCCGUCUUAAAUAUCAAGGCCAGACGAAAGAGACCACGUCGCAGGUCGCCCAGGCAGAGGAGUUCAAGUGGAAGUAUGUAGCGCAGGCCUUUGCGGACUGGCAGAUCUGGGUCAAUCUUUUUGUGUACUGGAGUAUCGUCUGCCCCCUCUACGGCAUCAGCCUCUUCCUACCCACCAUCGUCAAGAAUCUCGGCUAUACAUCCAGCACAGCACAGCUAAUGACCGUCCCCAUCUACGUCACGGCUGCCAUCCUCGCCGUCGUCUUCGCCUACAUCUCCGACCGUGUCGGCAAGCGCAGUCCGUUUAUUAUUGGUUUCUUGUGUGUCAUGGUGGUUGGCUUCUCGAUGUGCAUUGCUACGGACCCGAGCGAGAAGCCCGGGGUGGUUUAUGCCGGGGUGUUUCUCAUCGCUUGUGCUAUCUACCCUAGCUUCCCUGGAAACAUCGCCUGGUUAUCGAACAACUUGGCGGGCAGCUACAAGCGAAGUGUAGGCAUGGCAAUUCAGAUUGGCGUGGGAAACCUUGGCGGUGCCAUGGCAUCCAAUUUCUACCGCGAGGAGGAUUCUCCCCGGUAUAUACUCGGGCAUGGACUGGAGCUGGGAUUCGUCUGCGCAGGCAUUGUAGCUGUGGUGAUUCUCAACAUCGGGUAUGCGACCAUCAACAAGAAACGCGAGAGGAAGGUGGCUGAGGCCGGCGAGGGCCCCUCCGGGAGCCAGGAGCUUUCCGAGCUAGGGGACAAGGCUUAUACGUUCAGAUAUAUGCACUGA